AUGCUUCACAUGGAGCUUUUCCACCAUUUAUAUACAGAGACGUUUCCGGAGUUGGACCGCAGGAAAUAUGCCGACCAUUUCCACAGUAUUAUGCCGCACCUCUUAAAAGCACCCUAUGUGGUGAAUGAGCUGCUCGCCUUCAGCGCCUUACACCUCAGCACUAAGCAUCCGGAGCGACAGGGGUACUACCGGACCCAUGCCGCCCAGCUUCAGACGCAUGCUCUGGCAAUCUUCAAGGAAACAACCUUGGAAGUGAAUCAAGAAACAUGUGUGCCAUUGUUCUUCUUCUCGGCUAUUCUUGGGCUUCACACGCUCUGCGAUGUGCUCGUAUACAGGGACAACGAUUUUGACCAGUUUGUGGACAAGUUCGUGCACUGCUUUCGAAUCCAAAGGGGUGUCAGAGCAAUCUGUGGGAAAGCCUGGAGUUUGCUACACCAGUCAGUCGUGAAGCCGCUGCUAGCGGACGGACAGUCCCUUUAUCAUUUCGAUGGUCGGCUGGGGGCGGGAUGCGAGAAACUUCUUCGCCUUGUUCAAGCGGCAAAUCUCGGAGCUACCUUGACAGACAUCUACAAACAAGCCAUAGAGCACCUGCAAACCUCGACGAAUGCAUUGAUAGCUGCUGGAAUUCUCGCCGGAAGUAAUCAUGGCAACACUGCGUGGCCUGUACUUGUUCCCCCGGAAUACAUUGACCUACUGUUGCAGCGACGGCCAGAGGCGCUUGUGAUUCUGGCUCAUUAUGCUAUUCUACUCCAUUCGUGCCGGGACUCGUGGAUGUUUGGCGAUGGGGGCCGAUUCCUUAUCGAGUCUAUUCGUGAUUUCCUGGGUCCCGAUUGGACUGAAUGGUUGGAAUGGCCGAUCAAAGCUCUGGAUAGUCCUAUCGAGCCGUUGCUACAGGAAUUCAGGUGA